GUUUGGUCUUGCAUAAACCUAAGCGGGGACAAUGGUCAGAAGUCGCUUGUAAGAAGAAGGAUGAAAAUUCUGAAGGAGGGGUAGUUUCGAAGUUGCACUUUCAACAGAGAAGUGCAGUGGGUGCAGGUCCCGAUGUACUGUUUGCGGUUGUACAGAAAGCCACUGAAGAAGAAGGACUUCUUGCAGCUACUGUUUCCGCAUUAUGCCCAACGACGUUGGAGGUGAUGCAAAACGAAGUGGUGCCACUGAUUCUUCCUGCUGGUUUUGCAGAUGCAGACGUCAAAAAAGAAGGAGUUCAAAAGACGAAGAAGAACCUGCUUUUUUCCGCAAGUACAAACUGUUUGGCCAUUGUUCUGCCGCAGUUGCCGAGACACUUGUUUUUUCGUCGUCGUGGAGGUGAGAGUGGCAAUACUGGUGAAAAGCAUCAAGCAGACAACUCUUGGCGUUGUUUCGUACACAGUCGAAAGGUCACAGCAGUAAGCAUCGAUCCUGCGGAAAAGCACAUUGCUGUUGGUGACGCUAGAGGUAUGGUCUAUACUUGUUUUACGCCUUUCUCUGUUGCAACCCUAGGGGAAGCUGGCGCAGUCCAGCCAAUGCAGAAGCGCCAACGACGACUACAAGCAGGCCAAAAGCAGGUACGGGGAGAGGAGUCGGAUUCCACUGCUUCUGCAGAUUCAGACGAGGACGACAGUGAAGACGAAGACGACGCUUCUCCAAAGAGUAGCAAAACGACGACCAUAAUAUCCAUGGAAGAUGAUUCCACCGCAACAAAUAAACAGCAAGCUAUCCUCAAUGCUGAGCCGCUCACUUUCGGCGCGGGUGUCCACCACUGGCACGCCAAGGGAGUUUCCGCUUUGGGUCAUAUUGGUUUCCUCGGCAACGAAAUCUAUUCCGGUUCUAAAGAAAGCGUCCUAGUCCUCCGGAACCUGGAGUUGGAGAACAAGAAGUUCUUUCCACGUAUAUCCGGACCGAUCGUCCACUUAACACCGAGUCCUGAUCAAAGAUUUAUGUGCGUCAGCAUGUCCGACAAC